AGGGCGACAGAAGUAGAGUAAUCGUCCAUAUAAGCGUGUAAACCAGUUGUAUUCUUGUUAAGGGACGACUAGUGCGAGAAGUACAGCAGACGACAACAUAGCUAAAAAAAAUGGUUCGGAGUUUUCUGCCGUCUUUGCCACGCAAAGUUUGCAUCACUGGCGCUCGUGGGAUGGUUGCACGUGCGAGUAGAACUGCUCCUCCUCCGCUUCCAAAGAUUAAGGCUUCCCCUAGUCCAUCCCUGUAGACAUCCCUCAAGCAUAUGCGCCCGAAUACAGGGGAGAUACUGACGCAUAAGCUUGAGGGAUUUCCACAGGGAUGAAUAGGGGAGAGCUCUAAAAAGACCUCGCCAAAGCAUUUAAUCCAACAAGUGUUGAGUCAAGCUCUUAGCGACGCUCACCUAGAUUUGUCGGAUUUGGAUGGGUUGGUUGCGGUGCCGUCUUUGACCGAGCCACACUUCAUGGAGGCACAUUAUCAAGCGACUAAUCUAGGACUGUUUGAGCAGGAGUCAAAAAAGGUGGGAGCAACUAGUACAUUAGGAGCUCCAUCAACUGCAAGAACAUCUUCCUCAACAUCUUCUUGUUCCUCCGGAAGAACCCUUCGUGUCCGCACAAUUGAUACUGGAGGCGCGGGACCUGUUUCGGCGUUACUAGAAGCCGCUCAGAUGAUCGAACACGAAAACUGUGAUGUGGUGGCUGUCGUUGCCGGUGACACAGUUGGUUCCCUCUCUAGCGACGAUUUUUUGCAACGUGCAGACGCGAGCUGUCAGAAUUUGGAAAGCCCCUUGCCGUCUCCAGUAAUCCCAAAUGGCUACGAUCUGUAUACGAGUUUCAUGCUGAACGACGAUGUUAGCAGUCGUGGCACUGGCAGAGAUACAACUGUACUUACUCGCGAUCAACUCCGCUUGGUUCCUGUACUAGAAUCGUGGCAUAGUUCGAGAUUGCCAGAAGCGUUGAUGGACCGUCGCCUGACGCUUGAGGUAUGAGAGAGUCAUAUCGUCCUUUUCGUAAAAAGAGAGAACAAAAAUAAGACGAGACUGAAAGUAUAUCUAGACUUUUUUCUUGUUGACAAUCAACUUCUAGAGUGAAAUUAUAUCUAGACUUUUUUCUUGUUGACAAGAACCAACUUGACAAAGACAAAUUCAUCGCGUUUUUAACUUUUGAAGUACGUGCCAGUAGAGAAGUUACCAAGAACAUCUCGCUUCUGGAGUGUGCGAGACGAGCAGAUGGAGCGGCGGCCAUAGUACUAGCCAGUACCCGCUACCUGCUACAACACCAUAAGGGAUCGCGAGAUGGAGGCGCGACCUUUUACGACCACGGACGAGUGAAGAGUUUGCCGGUUUUGUUGUUAUGAUCAUGAGGAAUCCAAAAACUGUCUCUGUCGUAUUGCAAGGUUGAUGUUGAAAUAAUUUCACCCUCUCGGGCAGAGGUUGAUGUGGAAAUAACAACAAACCCGGUUGAUGUUGAAAUAACAACAGAGAUGCAACCCCUUGUCACUUCAACUAUAUGAGGAUUCAGGAUAGCAAUAGCAUCGCAUAGUCUAGGGGCUGGUAUGCUCGCCAGUGAUAGACUCCAUGGAAUGGAGAAACCCCACAACAAGAAUCUACUUAGUCUAAUCAUCGGCGGAGGUGAGGCAAGUGGGCCUCUGUAUCCACCUGAGCGUAUCAACGAGAGCCAUUUUGGAUCUUGCAGUGACGCCUGUCAAUUGGCCUACGAGGAAGCCUCACUAAGUCCGACAGAUAUCGACUUCUUUUACGGCUAAUAUCUUCUGUAUGCCUUGUUCCCUAUGCUGCUAGUUCCACGAGCAUAAGGUGGACGUCAAAUUCUCAAAGGGUCUAUUAACGGUUAUAGACUUGAUGGGCGGGUGAGUCUCUGACGCUGUAAGAGAUAUUCGCAGUAGCUCUAAUGCUUCGGCCUAUACGAUUGCUUCCCCGUCUGCUUUGUCCGCGCUCUUCAGGCUGCAGGAGUACUCGAGAAAGAACAACACGCAUUACGAUUAAGGCUGCCGCUGAAGCAUCCCCGGCACCAUACAUCCUUGGCCUCUUUUUCAAGGGGAAAAAGGGCUCAGGGAUGGCUCCAGGGAUGCAACGCGGUAGCUCUAAUGCGCGGAUGCCUUACUUCCUCCACAGCAAGUAGUCGGACAGGCGGCGCCUAUCUGGAACGAAUCUACGACGAAUUUAGACCACAACUGUCUCCAACAACUAGAACUGCUGAAGAGGGGUCGUUUGACUAUCGUGCGUUUUUGAAAAGAUUUCCGAUCAAUACGCAUGGGGGUCUUCUCUGCUUUGGAGCCCCUUGGGAAGUGCCAGCAGCAUUCAAUGUUGUUGAAGCAGUGAGACAACUGACGAAAUCCUAUGAGGGGACCGAAAGGCAAAUUGAUAAUUGCCGAAGGGCGUUGGUCUAUGGAAAUGGAGGAAUAUUUUCUGCGUCAGCAGUCGCGAUCUUGGGAGUAAGGUCCUAACGUAGAUCUUUUCUGCGUCAGCAGUAGCGAUCUUGGGAGUAAGGUCCUAACGUAGAUCUUUGAUUUCACGAUUGACAGUUGUUGAGACCAUGUUGCGCCUUAUGUGAAUCUAGUAUUAAGUAGGUGCGUGUUCUCAAGACGAAAAAGAGACUCUGACAGAGUUUAGUUGCCUAUCAUCGGGUUCUCAAGAGUCCCCUGAUGUGCUGCGUGCAACUUCUUCAUAGGAACGCAAAUCGAUCAACAGGUGAUCGUAUGCGAGAGCCUCGUGAUCACUUUUUCGGACGUGGUACUCUAAACCCUAGCACAGCUAUUCGUGUCACCUAAGUAUCUUUUCGAAGUAGCUAGUAUGACAUCAGCAUCACUGGUGCAUCUACGAUCAUGAUACACAUAGAUCGUACUAGAUCUACAGUAGAUUUGUCCUUCCAAUUCUAUAAAUCUACUUAUUUAGCAACAACAUGAUAUCUUUAUUGAGUUCUAGCCUCCCUGCUUAAGCUUAUUGAGUUCUAGUCUCGUACUCGUUGUGUUAGUUGUUCUAGUCCAGUUGUGGUGUGCGUCGCGCCACUAGGAGUUGUCCUAGGUGUACUAUAGUUUAUUUGCACUCAACUUUUCUCUUGCACAUGCACGUGAAGCGCUGAAUUAAUAAAUUUAAAUGAUACUUUUACCGCGAACAUAAGACUAAUAGUGAAUGGCUCCGGUAUUUAGUAGCCUGAUUCUGAUUAUAAGGGCGGAAAACAAGAAGAGAAUCCUUGUGGUCAAAUUCAGGCUGCCAAAUACCGGAACCAUUCAAAUAAUCAUCUUUCGUGAAGAAGCUUAAGCCUGAUGACACGUAGCGUCUUGGCUGAAGCGAGAGGACCCCUCCUGCAAUCUAAAUAUUAAGAGUUGACUUACCCCCAGUAGUAGUGUGGUAGGUCAUUGACCCUUAAUGCAAAGUCGGAUCACAUCAAUUUUUAAUUUUACUUAGACAUGCGCCUUGUUUCCCUACAUGUGCAAACAUACAUCAAGGUCAAAGAAAAUAGGUGAUAGAUUGAUCGAUAAAGAAACUAAGACCCUCCCCGUCCGCGUUCCGAAGUGAACCCUUUGUGCUUCUAGCUCGAUCUAUCACGUACUAGGUACUAGUUCUUCUUAAGCUACAUCACAAGAAGAACACUCUCCAUCCACUUACUUAUCUGCAUCUAGUACAAGUUGAUAUUAGUAGUAGUACUAACCCCGUCCCUCAUAUUGUUCUUGAUCUUGCUUCUGUCAAAUAAUUCUAUUUAGUCCACCUCGAACAAUAUUAGAACUGGUUCUUCACUUUUCAUAUUCAGUUGUAGAAGGUAACUACAUAUCAUAAUUGAAUUAUCUAUCCUACUUAGUAGUCCGUUUUUCGAGUUACGGGUUGCUCGAGUUCUCUCGAGUUGCCACGAGUUGCCGAAACUCACACGCCCAGUCCGGAACGAGUUGCUAACGAGUUCCUCUCGGCAGCUUGCCACUUUGAAAGCGCAGCACCCCGCGGCGGUAUGGCGGGCCAAGAUGCCGCGGAGUUCAGGGGGAAGCUCGUGGCCAGUUGUUUCGUGGCAGAUCUGCCGUUUGUAUUAAAGAGACACGCCCCGGCCGAGCUCUUCGGGGCUUGGGCUUAGCGAAAGUAUGAAGGCGAGCCCGGGGCCGCCUUUUUUGUUUGAGUGGCGCGCGCGCAAGCCUUGCGAAGUGCAGCGAUUUCCUCGCGGUGUCGGUGUCUCUGCAUGGUCGUGCGCUGAUGUCGGUCGCGAUCUGGCUCUGUUUUUUUUGCUGGUGAGUGGCCAGCUUGUUCGGCUUCUUGGGGCCCCUGUUUGCGCUGUAGUGGGCUUACUGAGUAGCGCGCCGCCUAGUGGGUAGCGGUAGCAUCACAAGCAGGGCCCCCCUGAGUAGUGUAGACGCAUCGGGAUCGGAAUGGAGUAGGUUUAUUUUUGUGCUUGUUUUAUAGGACAGCAGCUAUACCAGGCAGGCGUGCUAUCUUAGUAACACAAAACUACGAGGGCAGGGCCCUGGGUGGCGUUGCUCUUGUCUGCCCCGCGCAUGCAGCGCCUCGCAGAGAAGAGAGGGCGCUACUGGAGGCGUUCGCUUGUGAGGGUGGUUUGCGCCCCUGGGCAACGUAUUUGACGCUUCGAAGAUAGUGCGCCCGAAGGGCGCGGCGAAAAUUUUUUUGGUAUGGAACUCGUUCAACUCGAGCAACUCGAGCAACUCGACCCGAUAUCGGGCGCAAAAAGUCUAAUUCUAUUAUAAGGGGUCGUAGACUAGAAUCUAACUGAUCACUGUCUAUGUCCUUUCAUCAUUAUUCUGAAUAUAAGUUGUAAACCCCCCAAAAAAAUGAAGAUGAGUGUUACGACGACCUCUACAGAUUCGUCUUCUCGUCAUCGGACCACUCUGUCCACAGAUGGUCAAGGCCAGCGUCGCGGUGA